UUAAAACGAGAAAAAUAAAGGCACCAGGCGAGAGGAACGGGUUGGGAUCGCUGUGCAACCUCCCUCUCCCACCAAGAAGCCUUCCCGAUGUGGUGGCGGAGUCUUUAACUGUUCACCUGCGUGUCUCCAAAGGUGGCACCGGGAAAGGAGCGGGGCAGAGGGUGCCCAGUGCUUCUUUCUUUUAGCGGAAGAAGCAAAACGCCAUGGAGUUUCGGAAAGAAGAGUUUAAGAAGUUGGCUGGGAGGACCUUGGGACAGAUAAACAGAAUUCUAGAACGGAAGCAGCCUGCCGGUGAGACCAUCGAGCUGACAGAAGAGGGGCGGCCUGUUGAAGUGACCGAGAAGCCCCAGCCCGUCAUAGACUGCACCUGCUUUGGCCUCCCUCGCCGUUACAUCAUUGCCAUCCUCUGUGGUCUGGGCUUCUGCAUCAGCUUUGGCAUCCGAUGCAACCUGGGUGUGGCCAUUGUCAGCAUGGUUAAUAAUAACACUGUCUACGAAGGGGAUAAAGUCGUUGUGAAGAAAGCUGAGUUCAACUGGGAUCCAGAGACAGUGGGCAUGAUCCAUGGGUCCUUCUUCUGGGGUUACAUCGUCACCCAGAUCCCAGGGGGGUUCAUAGCACAAAAAUUUGCAGCUAACAGGGUUUUUGGCUUUGCCAUUGUGGCAACCUCUACUUUGAACAUGCUCAUUCCCUCAGCUGCUCGGAUCCAUUUUGGCUGUGUGAUCUUUGUGAGGAUCCUGCAAGGGCUUGUUGAGGGAGUCACCUACCCAGCAUGCCAUGGUAUCUGGAGCAAAUGGGCACCCCCUUUGGAACGUAGCCGCUUGGCCACAACAGCUUUCUGCGGCUCUUAUGCAGGGGCGGUGGUGGCCAUGCCUCUUGCUGGGAUUCUAGUUCAGUAUUCAGGAUGGAGUUCUGUGUUCUACGUCUAUGGCAGCUUUGGUAUUUUCUGGUAUUUAUUCUGGCUGAUGGUUUCUUAUGAGAGUCCUGCACAGCACCCAACCAUCACAGAGGAAGAAAAGAAGUACAUAGAGGAAAGCAUUGGAGAAAGCGCCAGCCUUAUGAAUCCCCUCAUGAAAUUCAAAACUCCAUGGCGUCGGUUCUUCACAUCCAUGCCGGUGUAUGCCAUUAUUGUAGCCAAUUUUUGCCGGAGCUGGACAUUUUAUUUGCUCUUAAUCAGCCAGCCAGCCUAUUUUGAAGAAGUCUUUGGCUUUGAAAUCAGUAAGGUAGGGAUGCUUUCCGCUUUGCCCCACCUGGUUAUGACCAUCAUUGUACCCAUUGGAGGCCAAAUUGCUGACUUCUUGCGCUCACGGAGAAUUAUGUCUACCACAAAUGUCCGCAAGAUGAUGAACUGUGGGGGGUUUGGCAUGGAAGCCACGUUGCUCUUAGUAGUUGGUUAUUCCCACAGCAGAGGGAUGGCGAUUUCUUUUCUUGUUCUGGCUGUGGGUUUCAGUGGCUUUGCUAUUUCAGGAUUCAAUGUCAAUCAUUUAGACAUUGCCCCCCGAUAUGCCAGUAUCUUGAUGGGCAUCUCCAAUGGUGUGGGGACCCUGUCAGGUAUGGUGUGCCCACUCAUUGUUGGAGCAAUGACUAAACAUAAGACACGAGAAGAAUGGCAGUAUGUUUUCCUCAUUGCUUCUCUAGUACAUUAUGGUGGUGUCAUCUUCUAUGGGGUUUUUGCUUCUGGGGAGAAACAGCCCUGGGCUGAGCCAGAAGAAUUGACUGAAGAGAAAUGUGGCUUCAUCAACGAGGAUGAACUGGCUGACGAGGAAGAUGAAGCUGCCUGUAUGGCAGCCGGGGCAGGCAGCAGCUAUGGGGCCACCAAAAGUACCAAUUUUGCCAAUGGAGGUUGGACGGCUGAUUGGGACAAGAAGGAGGAAUAUAUACAGGAGCCUGGGAAAGAUUCCUAUAUGUAUGGCAUGCCGGGACAACGGGACUUGUCGUAGAGAUACCCCAUCCUCCACCGUCAUGUGAAGAUGGGGCCUUAGUUACAAUCCAUGGAAGUGAGGAGAAAGCCUCAUGCCCAGCCUUCUUCUCUACCUUCCACCCAUUACUUUAUCAUCCUAUCCUGCAACUUCCAUCCCAUUUCUGGUGUGUUGGCAACAACUGUCUGGACCCACUGAAAAUUGCCCUUCCCAGCAGCCUCCUGCACCUUGGUAAUGAUGCAUAAGCACCUACUUUCAAACCCUUACCUUUCCUUGUCCGCAGGCCACUGUACCUCCUGCACCGUCCACUCCUGCUGUAGGUUGAUGCUCCUUGAACCAAGGGGGUGAGUUAAAUUACACACACCCAUUACUCCUGAUUUCACCCCACCAUGCUUGGCUGAAAAGCUCUGGGGACACAGCAAAGACACUGUAACAUCAUCUAUUGAGUAUGAAAUGAAAACAUAGCUGAUGAGUAGACCACGCACUUUACAUGAGUGAGACCCCAGGUUCAAUCCCUAGGCCAGGUGGACCAUAUGAAACAAGUUGAUAUUUCAGUUUUCCCUCUGGACUUCUCAUAACUAGAAAAUGGAUUGGAGCCAGCUCCAGCUGUUCAGUUCUUUGCCUUAGACCAGUGUUUCUCAACC